CCCAUAUACGUUUUCAAGUAGGCUGAAGAUAGAGUCUCUCUUUUUACUCUCCUGCUUCCAAAAGAAUACGACCUAAAAGACAGAAAGACAUUCUCUCAUUCAUUCACAGAGUCGCAGCCUCGCAGUUCCACUUGGAAGAUGCGUUGCAUCAGGAGCUCAAUCCUGCAACAUUUGAGACUCAGAGUGCCGGUCAGACCGGUUUUGCUUCUGGAGAAGGAGAAUGUUUUCAUUAGUAAAAUGAAUUUCACAUCAGGAGGAGGAGGAGGCCAAGAUCAGGUUUUGAGUAAGGUUAUUGAACUGGUCAAGAAGUACGACACAGCCAAUGCAUCUAAGGUAACUGAAACGGCUGAUUUCAAAAAGGAUUUGUCGCUGGACAGUUUAGAUAGGGUGGAGAUAGUGAUGGCUAUUGAAGAAGAGUUCUCCGUUGAGAUCCCUGAUGAAAAAUCUGACAAGCUUACUUGUUGUGCUGAUAUUGCAAGCUUCAUUGUCUCUGAAAGUCGCCCCAAAGCGCCAGAGUCCUGACUUUAUUUCUUUCUUGUCUUCAUUGUUCUGUUAAUCAAAGUCUAGAGACAUGUGUCUCUUAGCCAGUUUCAUUUGGGUCACUGCUGUUACAUUUCAUCUGAUGUAUUCAAGUGUGAUCAUACUACCUUUACACAUAAUUUGAUGCAAACAUCAUUCUUAAUUA